UGUGUCAGGUUAUAGCAACGACAAAUUGGCCAAAUGGGAGAAUAUUGAUCACUGAUCACAAAACACAAGGAAUAUUUCUUGUUACAAUGAAGAAUCUUCAAUGGGAUAUGCAGGAUGGUACAGCUGUGGGAUCGAGACUCCUGGCCUUGACCCAAUGUUUAUUGUAAAGCUGCACAUCUGUGAUGAAGCCGUCUCUGUUCCUGGACUUCGAUUUUUAUCCCAACCAAAUGUCUCAUGUUCAGGGGGUUCAGUGACAGUCUCCUGUGAGUCUGCCCAGGGAUCCCUCCCCAUUCACUACACAUGGUCUGAGAAGACCCCAUCUCAAGAUUCAAAGAUCUCUGACACCAAUAAACUGGAUCUACAUUGUCAAUCCUUCACACAGCCACAUCAUCAAUAUUACUGCACAGCCUCAAAUACUCAGGGAACAAAACCUAGUGAAAUGGUUCAUGUCUCAGUCAGCAAUGUAGCAGAGACGGGUUGUAGUUACAUGAUAACAAUCAGCAGCAGCGGUAAAUUUUAUACAAACACUGAGGCCUGCAGGUACUUUUAAUGACUAUUCAAACUACUCAUGGAUUAAGCUUCUUACAUAAUUACAAAUAACUGCACCUUAUCACAUUAUGUCUCUUUAAUAUUUAAACGAUUUUGAACAAGGUGUGAUUUAUUUUUGAAAAUGGACAAAAUUGUAAUAACA